CAGGGGCGGACUGACCAUUUGGAAAUUUGGGCACUGCCCGAGGGCCCGGGGUCAAUAGGGGGCCCCAUGAGAUGACCCUGGUGCCUUUUUCAUAGUCUUUUUGAGUUUGGGCAAGGACACAGGGGCCCCAUGAUCCCCUAUUGCCUGGGGCCCCAUGAGUUGUCAUUCCGCCCCUGCUGGCACCCCCACAUUACACCAGUACCUGGGGCGGACUGACCAUUUGGAAACUGUGACACUGCCCGAGGGCCCGGGGUCAGUAGAGGGCCCCAUGAGAUGCCCCUGGUACCUUUUUCAUAGCUUUAUUGAGUUUGGGCAAGGACACAGGGGCCCCAUGAUCCCCUAUUGCCCGGGGGCCCCA